CUGUGUCGAGUUAUCUAAGUUUUAUAACAGUUCGAUUUUUAGUAUUUGAAAUUUUAAUUUAAAAUUUUAAUCUCCCGUUGAUGAAUCAUUGAAAAUGUCAUUUACACAUUUCAAUUUUUACAAUACAAUAUGUGUAUUACUUUUCGAAGAGAAAAAAGAGCCCUUGUCUUGCUUAAGUUGACCAUCAGAAAAUGUUUCUGUUCCUUUAGAGAAACGAGACGUGUUAUGAACAGUUUGGGGCCAGUAAUUUUAUGUGGGAAAGGAUUAACAAUAGAAAAUGUGAUUGCAGUUGCUCGCUAUAAACAUUCAGUAGAACUAACAAAUGAUUAUUCUAUACUUAAAGGAAUGAUUGAUUCUUGUGAGUAUAUAUUAAAAAUUGUGAGUGAAUCUCAGGUGCUUUAUGGUGUAACAACACUAUUUGGCGGCAUGGCACAUCGAUCAAUCUCAAGUAGUGACGCUAGUGAAUUACAAGAAAAUUUAAUUUGUACCCUUAAAACCGGUGCUGGUUCAUUUAUACCCUUAGAAGAUUCAAGAGCAGCAAUGUUAUUAAGAGCGAAUUCACAUUUACUAGGUGUAAGCGGUAUACGUAUGGAGAUAACAUCGCGUUUGUUAAAAUUUAUUCAAGACAAUGUUACACCUUUAAUACCCGAAUUUGGUUCUAUUGGCGCAUCUGGUGACUUAGUGCCCUUAACCUAUAUUGCGGGUUCCAUAUAUGGUAUAAAUGAAAGUUUUCAUGUUGAUUUUUGUGGUAGAAGAAUGAAUGCUCUUGAUGC